CGACCUCCGACCUCCGACCUCCGACCUCCGACCUCCUCCCGAGGAGCCGCCCCAGCUCCGUCCCUGUCGGCCUCGGCCUUUCAUUUCUCCGUCUUGCCCUCUCUUCGCCUUAAACGGAAAAAGACAGGACUGAAGCCUCUAGGCCACUGGAUUGCCCGCUGGCCUCCGCGGGCGGCCUUCCUCUGCGGGGCUGCUUUCCCGUCCGCACCCGCUCCGAGCCGAGCCGGGCGGCGCUCUGGCCGCGGGCUGAGCAUGGCCGGCCGCGGGCCGCCGCUCGCCCUCCUCGCCCUCCUCGCCCUCCUCGCGCCGCGCGGCGCCCAGCCCGCAGUGUUUCUUCCCACCUCAAAAGCAAAUGAAAUUCUGGUGAGACGGAAACGAGCCAGCUCCUACCUUUUGGAAGAGCUCUUUGAGGGAAAUUUAGAAAAGGAAUGUUACGAAGAAAUCUGUGUCUAUGAGGAAGCACGAGAAGUAUUUGAAAAUGACGCAUCCACUGAUGAAUUUUGGAAGACGUAUCUGGGCGGCUCCCCGUGCGUCUCCCGGCCCUGCCUCAACAACGGGUCCUGCCAGGACACCAUCCGCGGCUACACCUGCACCUGCGCCCCGGGCUACGACGGCCGGGACUGCGCCUUCGCUAAAAAUGAAUGUCACCCUUUGAGGACGGAUGGGUGUCAGCACUUCUGCCACCCGGGGCCGGGGUCUUACACGUGCAGCUGUGCGAAGGGGCAUAAGCUGGGCCAGGACCACAAAUCCUGCAUCCCCCACGACAGGUGUGCGUGCGGAGCCCUCAUCUCUGACGGCCUCCUGGCGUCACAGGGAUGCGAGCAGGACCCUCCGACUUUCCCGUGGCAGGUAAAACUAACAAAUUCUGAAGGAGAAGACUUCUGUGGAGGUGUUCUAAUACAGGACAAUUUUGUACUGACAACAGCAAAAUGUUCACUCUUGUACAGAAACAUUAGUGUGAAAACAAGUUCCCGCUGCCGGGCGCGCGAGGCCCCGCCGGCGGUGGAGGUGAAGGGCGUCCACGUGCACACGAGAUUCGAGGAGGACACGGGGGACAAUGACGUGGCCCUGUUGGAGCUGGCGCAGCCCGUGCGCUGCCCCGACGCCGGGCGGCCCGUCUGCACUGCCGAGGCCGACUUCGCCGAGCGCGUCCUCAUCCCGCGGCCGGGCGUGCUGGGCGGCUGGACCCUCCGUGGCCCCGAGCUGGAGCCCGCGCGGCUGCUGGUCAAGCACGUGGACCCCGGGGAGUGCGGCCGGGCCCUCAACGCCACGGUGACCACGCGGACGGUCUGCGAGCGGGGCGCGGCGGCCGGGUCGGCGCGGUGGGCGGCGGGCGGCGCGGUGGCCCGGGAGCACCGCGGCGCCUGGUUCCUCACCGGCCUCUUGAGCGCUGCGCCCCCCGAGGGCCCCGGGCCGCUCCUGCUCAUCAAGGUCCCCCGAUACGCGCUCUGGCUCCAGCGAGUCACGCAGCAGCCGAGCUCCGCCAGCCAGAGAGGCGACCACGGUCACAGAGGCGACGAGGAGCCGGUGCUGGGGUGACAGCGCCCUCAGCCCCUCCCCCAGGACCCCUCGUCUGAGCAGAACCCCGGGGAGGAGGGGAAAGGGCGCGCGUCCAGCAAUAAAAGCAGAGCUGCCGGCACCGAAAGGCGCUUUCCUGAAACGCCAGGGAACAGAGGGGUUCAGUCCAACAGCGGUCGCGGGGGCGGCGGCGUCGCAGCGACCUCCCCGCCUGCCCCGGGAGGGCAGAAGGAGCGGGCAGCGCGAGGGGCUGGAAGGCAAACCGCGGGCCUCCGCGCGGGCCCGACCCCGGGGCGGGAGCAGCGGAGCGGCUGGGCCGAAAGGCCGCAGCCCCACGACGAGGGCGGC